AUGUCGUCCACCAGCAACGCCUCCAUUGACAAGUUCAACGGAGACAAUUACGCAACGUGGAGCCGGUACAUGCGCGGUGUGUUUUUGACGAAGUCCGUCUGGCACGUUGUCAACCGUGAAGUGACUCCGACUUUCACCGACCCGCGAGCGUCCGAUGACUACGUCAAGGCAAGCAACGUCGCGUUUGGUAUGAUGCUGCUGCACAUGAACGCGGACUACCAUCAUGUGCUGGACAACUGCGAGGAAGCCUGGGUUGCGUGGACAAGUCUGAAGACGCUGUACGGUGGGUCGCAGAAGGCAGGACGCAUCUACCUCAAGCGACAACUUUUCAGUAUCAAGAUGGCUGAAGGCGCGAACGUCAUGCAUCACUGCAACGAGGUCCUCAACAUCUCCGCCAAGCUUAGCGGCAUCGGUGCGAAGAUGGAAGACGAAGACGUUGCAAUUUGUCUGCUACUCAGUCUUCCGAAGAGCUACGAAAAUGUGGUGCUCAACAUGGAAAUGAGCAGCACCGAGCUUCGCACUCAAGAUGUGGUGAGAGUCCUGACGAAUGAGCAUGCCAAGCGUCAAGGAGAAAAAGGGACAACGACAGCGACUACGGUGAAGGCUGAAGAUGCAAGCAAGGCAUUCAGCGCCGAGCGUGAGCCCUACCAAUGCACGUAUUGUGGCAAGGUGGGACACACGGUGGAUCGUUGCUGGACAAAGCAGAAGAACGAAGGUCGGGGAGGCCGACGCGGCGGCAAGUGGUGUGGACGCGGGCUAACAAUGUCCAGUGGGGACAUCAUGAUGAAUACAAUGGCUACGAUCGAGUGGCGUUUGCAGUCUCGUUCGAAUGUGGAGUUUCGACGAGCAAGGACGUGUCUGGAAUGUGGGCCGUCGACAGUGGUGCAACGCACCACAUUUGCCACGACAAGACCAAGUUCGCAAGUUUGGCAGAGCGCAAUGAGGGCGAACUUGAUGGCUGAUGGCAACAAGGUGGCCAUCAAGGGUGUGGGAACCAUCAUGGAAAAGGUGGUUCUGCCCAACGGUGAAGAGCGUGAGAUCGAAAUCAAGAACGCGCUAUAUGUUCCAAGUAUGAGCAAGAACCUGCUCUCGGUGCCACAGAUUAACAGCCAUGGCAAGUUUCAAGUCGUGUUUGACGGGUCCAAGAUGUAUGUGACUCUCAAGAACUCACAGCAAGUGGUGGCGACAGCGGAUCUCGUGGAUGGACUCUACUGGCUUCGGACGACUCAACGAUCAGCGAAUGUGACAACAAGUGGAACCCAGUUGUGCCGAUCUACAUGCGAGAAUGGGUCAUGCUCCAGUCGAUGUACUUCGCAAGAUGAUCGCGACCAACAUGAUCAAGGAUGUGCGAGUCCCUCUCAAGUCGGGUGGAGCAACUCACAUGUCGAGGAUGUCAACAAGGGAAAAUGGUCCAAAAACCAUUUCCAAGUAACCGAGACAAGCGCAGCUACGAUACGUUUGAGCUACUUCAUCUGGACAUCUGCGGGCCCAUGGAAAAGGAUUCGCUCGGUGGCAGCAAAUAUUUGCUGCUGA